CGCAAUCCCAAACAACAGCACGCCAGACAGAUGCAACUCGUACGGUGGCUGGGCCUGGUCGUGGCUGUCAUCGCUGCGCGCGAGGCGCCGACCGACGAGACGUGUGCGCUCGAUGCGCAUGGCCACACUAGCUGCGCCACGCCUGCGGCGAUGCUAUCGGUGGAGAUUGGUGUUGGCUGCAAGCCCAAGAAGCGCCGGCAAGUGACCAAGGCCGCCAACGCCAACGUCGGUGCCAACUGCGGCGAAGACGCGUACUACGUGAGCUCGUUUGCGCAUCCAACGUAUGUGAGCUUUGGCGUGGCCGACGGUGUCGGCGGCUGGACGGAAAGCGGCGUGGAUCCGUCCGCGUUCUCGCUGGCGCUCGUAGCCGGCGCCAAGGCGUCGUUCGAGUCGUCGCCGCGCCUGGACCCGCUCGCGCUCAUGGAAGAUGGCUUCCAGCAUGUGUUGCGUGGCGGCGACGCCAAUCCGGGCGGCUCGACUGCGGUGUUUCUCGUCCUCGACCGAAAAACCGGCGAGCUCACGACCGCGAACCUCGGGGACUCGGGCUACCUCCUCAUCCGGAACGGUCGCGUCGUCUUUCGCAGCGUGGAACAGACCUGGGCGUUCAACGCGCCGUACCAGCUCUCACUGUACCCUUCGUGGAUGGAGAGCCCGGACGUCGACCCGUACUCACCGGCCAGCUCGUUCACGACCCGCCACACGAUCCAAGCCGGGGACGUGAUCAUCAUCGGCUCGGACGGGCUCUUUGACAACGUGUUUGACGCUGAAAUCCUCGACGAGUCCAUGCGCUUUGUGGGCCCCGUGCUCGCCAAAGCGUUGUCUCCGCAAGCGCUGCGACAAGCCAUGAUUGACGUGUCGUACUCGCUGACGAUGAUGGCCAACGCCUUUGCGCACGACCAAGCGCGCGAGUCGCCCUUCUCCAAGCUCGCGCGCGAGGGUUACGGGUACCAGUUCAACGGCGGCAAGGUCGACGACACGACGGUCGUGGCCAUCUACGUCCAUGACCACAUGACGGAAGCUUAGCGCGUGAACUGCAGUUUACACCGCGUUCCGCGCCCGUGAAUACUACUAUUCCGUCGCUAUAAUGUCCUAUUCCUCUUGCGUCGUCCUGUCCAUAUACUGCAUUGCGAUGGUC